AUGGCUGCAGUGGGACGGACCGAGCUGAUGGCGGACGCGGACGCAGGCAAGGCAGUACUCGAGGCCAUUCGGGCACGGGUUAAUGGAUGUGUGGAGGUGGAUGACGAGUUGAACGCACCCUCGGUGGGGCUUAUCCUUGGCUCGGCGAUGAAUGAGAAGAUGCGACUGGGGAUGGGGAGCGACAAUGGCUUUGUCCCGUCGGUGGUCAUUGUCUUGAUCACCGAUCCGCUCGACAUUGACUCAAAGUGGAUGACCUUUGUCGACAAGAAGCUCCCGCCCCGCAUCACCUUUCGUGUCUUUGAUGCGCUCUACAAGUUCAAUCCCAUAGCAGCACCCGUCGAGGCCUGA